AUGGCAGACCGCUACGUCGCAAUCCACGCCGACCCCAAGGGCCCAGGCGACGCCCGCCCAACAGCAGAACAAAUCGUCCGCGACGAAAACCUCGUCCCCUCAGGCCUCGUCUCCAAAACAGCCCUCAUCACAGGCUGCUCCGCCGGCAUCGGCACAGAGACCGCCAAAGCCCUCUACCUCGCCGGCGCAACCCUCUACCUGACAGCCCGCAACCUCGCCAAAGCCCGCAAGGCCCUCGGCGACGACCUCGUCAACGACACAGCCCGCGUCCACCUGCUCGAGCUCGACCUCGAAUCCUUCGCCAGCGUCCGCGCCUGCGCCGCCGCCUUCCUCGCCAGCACGGACAAGCUCGACAUCCUCAUCUGCAACGCGGGCGUCAUGACCCCGCCCGAAGGCCGCACAAGGGACGGCUUCGAGACGCAGUUCGGCACGAACCACCUCGCGCACUUCCUCCUCUUCAACCUCCUCCAACCAGCCCUCCUCAAAGCCGCGACAACCUCCCCAUCCGGCACCUCCUCCCGCGUCGUCAUCGUCUCCUCCGUAGCCCACCGCUUCGGCCAGCCAAACUUCGCCAACAUCAACUUUGACGGCUGCUACGACCCCAUGGCGACCUACGCCCAGAGCAAAACCGCAAACCUCUGGACGGCCAACGAAAUCGAGCGCCGGUACGGCGCCCAGGGGAUCCACGCCCUGAGUUUGCAGCCCGGAGGCGUCAUCACGGAGCUGAUGCGCCACAUGCCCGAGGAGCAGCAGGGCGGCUUCGCCAAGCACCCGUACCUCUCCAAGAUCUUCAAGACGGCGCCGCAGGGGGCCUCGACGUCCGUGUGGGCCGCCACGGCGGCGGCGCUCGAGGGUAAAGGUGGGCUGUACCUCGAGGACUGUCAGAUUAUCGGGCCGUGGGAUCCGGCUGGGGAGCCGUGGGGACCCGGGUACGGCGAGCACGCGUAUGAUGUUGAAAAGGCGACUUUGCUUUGGGAGAAGUCGCUCGAAUGGGUCGGGCUGUGA